AUGGCCUCGACACUGCCGAGGUUGCCUAUCUUCCAGGCCAUCGCCGGUCACGACCCCCGGCGCACCGCCAUCGUCCACUCGCUGUCCAACCGCACCUUCCGCUACGGCCAGCUGCUGCACGACGUCGCCCAGGCAAAGGACCAGCUGCGCCAGAAGGCCAAUGGCAAGGAAUUGCACGGCGAGAGAAUCGCGUUCCUCGUAGAGAACAGCUACGACUAUGUAGUGACGCUCCUCUCCAUCCUGGCCAGCAAUGCCAUUGCCGUGCCCAUGUCGCCCGCUUUCCCCGCACAUGAACUGCAGUACAUCGUCAACCAGAGCGCUGCUCUGAUGCUCCUGGCCUCCGAGAAGUUCCAGGAGAAGGCCCAGAAAGUGUUGGAGGAAGGCUUGGAACAUGAGCCCAUUUACGCACAGGUCGAGAAGAGGUUUGAGGCUGUAUCAAGCGGCGGCAGCGUUGAACUCGACGAUGUGCCUGACGAGAAGGGCGGCAUGAUGCUCUAUACGUCUGGCACCACGAACAGGCCGAAAGGAGUCCUGAUCCCCAUUUCCACCCUGACCGCGCAGUCGCAAUCGCUCAACAAGGCCUGGGAAUACAGUCCGGAAGACCACCUCCUCCACCUCCUCCCGCUCCACCACAUCCACGGCACUGUGAACGCCAUCCUCGCCCCGCUCUUCGCCGGCUCAAGCAUCGAAUUCAUGUACCCCUUCAACCCCACCCUCAUCUGGGAGCGCCUCGCCGCGCCCUUCCGCCAGCCGACCAACGGCGCGAAGCCGCGCGAAAAGAUCACCUUCCUCACCGUCGUGCCAACCAUCUACACGCGCCUCAUGCACGCCCUCCAGAGCCUUCCGCCCAAGCUGCAGAAGGCGGCGCGCGCGUCGACCCGCCCGGAGAACCUGCGGCUGACCAUCUCGGGCUCGGCCGCCCUGCCGACGCCGACCAAGGCCGCGUGGGCGGAGCUCAGUUCCGGCAGCGUGCUGCUGGAGCGCUACGGCAUGACCGAGGUCGGCAUGGCACUGAGCUGCGGCCUGGACGUCGCCGACCGCGUCGACGGGAGCGUCGGGUGGCCCCUGCCCUUUGUCGAGGCCCGCCUCGCCGAUGCUGACACCAACGAGAUCAUCGAGGACGGGGACGAGCUGGACGAGCGUGGCAGGGAGCGUCUGGGCGAGGUGCAGCUGCGCGGCCCUACCAUUUUCAAGGAGUACUGGCGCAACCCCGAGGCCACGGCGAAGGAGUUUGUCGAGGGCGAAGAUGGAAAGGGCAGGUGGUUCAAGACGGGAGACAUCGCGGUCAGGCGGGAAGUUCCUACUGCGGGAAAGAGCUCGAGGCCGAGCCAGGACUGGUGCAGGGGCAAGAUGUACUUCAUCCAGGGUAGGAGGAGCGCGGAUAUUAUCAAGACCGGUGGCGAGAAAGUCAGCGCGUUGGAGGUUGAGAGAGAGAUGCUCUCCCUACCUGAGGUCGCUGAGUGCGCCGUCGUUGCGCUGGACUCGGAGCAAUGGGGUCAGAGGGUUGCUGCGGUCGUCGUCCUUACCGAACAGGGUCAGACUGCCGGGAAAGGUGGCAAGCCCUGGGGUCCAAUGGACAUGCGCAGGGCACUGCGGGACGUGCUGGCCAACUACAAGAUCCCCACGGAGCUCAAGCUGGUGGACAACAUUCCGAGGAAUGCCAUGGGAAAGAUCAACAAAAGGGCGCUCGUUCUGGAGCUCUUCGCCGGCAGGCCAAAGACCCCACCUCCCCCGCCGAGGAACUAA